AUGAAAAUGUUCCUGGUAUUCUAUCUGGUAUACUGUAUUUUGACCCGAAAUGUCUCUGGAUCCUGUUACCAGAAUGUUCCAGCCACGAAUCUGUCUACAUUGACGUCUACAUCGUCAAACCCGACUAGUUUAGAAUCUACGAAUUCUACAAGUUCUUCUACAACAGCAAUGACAUCCUCUGAAUCCACGAGCACUUCUGCAUUGCCUACUUCCGCGUCUGCAUCAUCUGAAUCUAUGCUGUCUUCAACUACUGGUUCAUCCUCCAGUACCAUUUCUGAAUUGCCAGAUUCCACGUCUAUAAUUCUAUCAACUUCUUCUACGUCUUCACCCACGACAGCUUUAACCACAUCUGAAUCGCCCGAUUCUAGGUCUACGUUGUCUUCUACUUCCACGACGGGACCAUCGGAAUCCACAGUGUCUUCAACCACUUCUACAGUUUCAUCAUCUACUUCGGAGUCUACGUCUUCACCAACCACAAUUUCAACGACUUCUGAACUGCCUACUUCAACUACUACAGGUAUUAGUGAUAGGAUAUAUUCAAAACUUUUGAAAAGUUCGAGUAUUGAAAAUAGUUUAAAAAAUUUUUCUGUUUCAAAAUCUCUAUAA